AAAUGGAAAAUACAAAUUUGUACUCGACCAUACAGAAGGAGACUUCAGCGCGUUGUGAUAUGCUUAGCAAUGUGUGGAAUCGUUUUGUUACCAAGACGAUUUAAAUUAUAAUAUUGACGUUUCAGACAAGGCGCAGCUUAAUUUAGCGUGUGCAGGAUAAAGUCACAGUGUUUACAAGAACAACGCACAAUGACCAGCUGUGAAGAUUUCCAUCAUCGGAAUAUUUUCCAAGAAAUAGUUGGGUCUAUACAAACCUUUUGGGAAGAACACGAGAACGAAGACUUUCAGGUCAACAUUGAAGGUGCAUGCAUCAAGUGCCACAGUUUUAUACUUGCCUCUUGUUCGGAGUUUUUCAGAAGUUUAUUUAGAUCGCAUAUGAAAGAGAAACGGGAAAUGAAAGUUGACUUGCAGAAUAUUUCCCUGAACAUUUUUCAGCUCAUUCUCAAAACUCUAUACACCGGAUGUGAGCUGUUGACUACAGACAAUGUCCUGGAAGUUUGGUCUGCAGUUCAUCAGCUUCAAAUUCAUUUCUUAAUUAAACAUUGUGAGGACUUUGUGGUUAAAAAUUUGUCCGUGGAAAACUUGGAAAUGUACAGAAAUCAAGCCGAAUUUCUUCAGUUUACCAGAUUUUCUGAAAUCGUUUUUCCUUUCAUGCUUGAGAACUUUAUGUCUUUCAGAAACACGGAAGCAUUUUUGCAAUUAGAUUUCGAAGACAUUCUCAAGCUUGUUGAAAGCGAACAUCUUGUAGUAAGCUCCGAAGACGAUGUUUUAUUUUCAAUCUAUGACUGGGUCAGUUAUGAAGACCCGACAGCUUCCAAUGUCCAGGCAAGUGAUGGAAGUGAUGAGACCAACAACUUUUUGACUGUCGCUAAUGAAGCUGAUGCUAAAGUUAACUCCGAGAAUGACUUCAAUGAUGGUGCUAAAAAAAGAGAAGAAUCUCAGCCAGUUCUGGGUCAGUCCAAUGAGAGAACUAAGCAUUUGCUUCAACUUGUAAAAGCUACCAGAUAUUUUUUAGUCUCCGAAGCUUGCAUUAACACUCUUUUAACGAAUAGGUUAACACGUAGUAACUCUCAGGUUGAACACAUUUGGCGUGAAGCUUCGGUGUUUAAAAAUUCCAAUACUCAAAAUAGAUUUUGGCCAAACGCGGCCAUUCACCGGGAAAGCAGUCCGUUCGAAAACGUUGGAAUCAUGUGUGGAUGUAUUUUUAAGGUUUACUCGUUUCAAAGAAAUAUGUGGCUCUACACGCCCAACCUGGGCUAUUUCUCAGAGGCUAAGUAUAUAGACGUGAACGGCCAGUUCUACUGCUGCUUCAACGGCACCAACAGGAAAGGAGUGUAUCACUUCUGCAACAAUAACUGGGUCAACGUUUUGUUCUCGCCCAAUGAGGUCAAGCUGUUUCUGUCACAUGACAGGUUCAUUUACAUGUUUAACUCGGACAACAAAAAAAUUGAAAGAUUUCGACCCCACAGCCAUGGAGCAACCUGCAGACAUCGCCGAUCGACGAUCGUGACUGAGAGUUUUUACCACGCCAUUAACAACGCACAGUACGCAAUCAGUUUCGAGAGGAGUAUUCUUGUCUUUGAGUCGGUGGGAAAUAACGACCUGGCGAUAGUUCAUUGCUGGGACACAGAACAAAAUAUCUGGACUCGUUUAACUGAUCUCGAUUUCUCCGCUGACAACAUGGCAAGCUUCAGUAAUGAACUCUUCACGUACAUAAUUGACGAAUCUGGGCGUUUGUAUAAGGUCGAACGCCUUGAAACAAUUCAAUUUACAUUCAUCAAAAAAAUCUGGGAUUUUCAAGCUCUACUGAAAGGGUCCGUACUUUUCAAGGACACACUAUAUGUCUGUGGCGAAUUCCCAGAUUAUGGGAAAUAUAUACCAGAAAUUAAAUCCAUCUACUCGUCAUUAGAGUUUCUUGACAUGGCCUAUGGAGGGACAAGUUUUGUCCCCUUUAUUAUUUCGAAAUCUCUAAUUAAAUAAAGGCGAAUAAAUUAUAAACCUCAUACAGAACUGACCAAAAGACGCGAAACAUUUUUUCAUGUCUUAGAAGGGGAGAAAAAUUGAACAGGUGAAGACUUUUAAGAUAUAUAUAGGUUCUGUACAUCAUAACUGCAGGACAUACACCGUUUCUCUUUAAACAAACGUUAAUACACAGUGGGAUAGCUAGGGUUGGGGGGGGGGGUGUGCAAAUAAAAAAAUCCCCCGGGCCCCCACUUGAGGGUCCCCCAAAUGAGUGUCCACAAUUUGUUAUUUUCAUUAAAUUUUACGCCAUUAUCUAAUGUCAAAUGCAGGGGCCCCUAAAGAGGUCAAGCCCCCCGGGGCCCCGAAAUUCCUAGCUAAGACACUGUUAAUACCUACUUUUUAACAAAAAGCUCUACAGAUGACUAUAUAAUAUAAUUACAAUAUCUACUAGAUAAUGUUAUGAGUCAUUUAAAAUGUGUAUAAUUUAAAUACCUGAUAUGGAAGAAUGUCUAUCAUAUAAGAGGUUUAGUAUUUUAUUUUUAUUUGUUUAUCUCAGCUUACAAAAUAAAUGUUUGUACAC